GCUCGUCAUCAAUCAACGGCGGUAAAUUCGUCAACCACGCGUUAUCUCCCCGAGUCUUCUUCCUCCUCUGCUUCGUUCGCGCCCUCGUCGCUCUCUCCCUCUCUGACUCCGAGCAUCCUUAACAAGCCCCGGACUGAGCCUCAGCCACCUUCGCCGCCGCACCGCCUCUCUGCUUCGUAGGACUGUCCCUUGUUCCAGCAGUAGAGAGUGAUUGGCUCCGGGGAUUUGAGCUUCACCCCUGCGAAUUUCAUUUCAGGGUUGGAGUUUUUUUAUGGCAUUUGAAUGCCAAGAGGGUAGUGAGAAUUCUAAGAACUUGAGAUAUUUUGUCGGGAUAUCAUCGAAAGAUUGGAAGAUUGAGUCGGAGGGUAAGUUGGUUCCGAGCUAUCGAUUGGAAUCGAGUCAGUCCAAUCCCGUAGAUAAGGUUGAGAUCUCAAAAUCUGAGCUUCAAAUCCAGCCGAAGAGGGGUAAUGCGGACUGGCAUAAUCCGGCGAAGCAGUUGCCCUCUAAGAGUGAUGAUUUGUUGAUCUUGAAUCGGACCAUUACUGACCUCCCCCCAGCCUUAGUUACUGAGAUCCUCAACUGUCUUGACCCAAAAGAGUUGGGGAUUGUUUCGUGUGUGUCCACGUAUCUGCAAAGGCUUGCUUCCGAGCAUCAUGCUUGGAAGGAGUUCUAUCAUGAGCGAUGGGGACUCCCGGUGGCCCCUCCUUCACCUGCAUCUGGACUCACUGAUGAGAAGUCAUGGAAGGCCCUUUUUGUGGAGAGAGAGUUCAGGUGUAAGACAUUCAUGGGGCGAUAUAGUGUGGAUCUUCUGCACGGGCACAGUGAAGCUGUCCGGACGGUCUUCCUCCUGGGCUCUGCUAAGCUCAUCUUUACUGCAGGGUAUGAUAGAACAGUUAGAAUGUGGGACAUGGAGGAUGGAUUGAUUGCUGCAUCGCGGCCUCUGGGUUGCACAAUCCGUGCGGUUUCUGCAGACACGAAGCUCUUAGUAGCUGGAGGUACCGAUGGGUUUAUUCAUUGCUGGAGAGCUGUGGAGGGCCUGCAACACCUGUUUGACUUGAGGGGGUCUUGUGAUCGAAACAGUGUAUUUCGGCUUUGGGAACACGGAGGUCCUAUUACCUCCCUAGCUCUGGAUCUCACGAGGAUCUAUAGCGGUUCAUGGGAUAUGACUGUGCGGGUGUGGGACCGCUCCUCGCUCAAAUGCACGAAGGUUUUGAGGCACAGCGACUGGGUGUGGGCCCUUGUCCCGCAUGACACGACAGUUGCCAGUACAGCAGGUUCUGAUGUUUAUGUCUGGGACACGAAUAGUGGAUCCUUGAUGACAGUGAUCCAGAAUGCUCAUAAUGGUAACGCCUAUUCGUUGGCUCGGAGCCGAACAGGAGAUUUCCUUUUCACAGGAGGAGAAGAUGGGGCAAUUCACAUGUUUGAGAUUGGGCAUGAUGUGCCGUCUGAUUACCUUCAAGUCGCGACCUGGGUCCCCCACUCGGGCACCAUCUACUCCCUUGCAUUUGAGUUCCCUUGGCUCGUCUCUGCCUCCAGCGAUGGGAAGCUGGCACUGAUCGACGUGAGGAAGCUGAUGAGAAGCGACAGGCGAAGGCUACUGGCAAAGAAGCAGCUCUCAAAGGCCGGUAAAGUGGAUCCUGCUAAGGCGGAGCCGCCUCAGAGGAUGUUGCAUGGGUUUGGGACUGACCUAUUCUCGGUGGGCAUUGGUGCCGAUCGAAUCGUGUCUGGAGGCGAGGAGGGAGUCGUGAAGGUGUGGAACUUUACUCAAGCCCUGGAGAUCGAGCGACGGGCCAGAGCUCUAAGAGGGAUACGGCUUGAGAACAGGAUGAGGAGGCGGAAGCUCCAGAUAGAGAUGUGUGGGAAGGGAAAUCAGAGGGCUGAUCAGUGUUCCGUUGCAGCCAAGAACUCCGUUAAUGGAGAUCGGAGCGGCGUGUGGCACAGUAAGAGCGGGAUGGGCGGGAAGGCUAAAGCAUAAUCGCAGCAGCAGGACUAACAACUUUGUUUUUGCUUAUUCCUAGUGAGGCCAUUUGUUAACGAUCCUUUGGAUUAUUUCUCAUAUAUCUACAGAGAGUAUGUGUAACAUGGUCCCGUUUCCAUUGAACAAGAGUUCAUCACGAUUCAAAUUCUCGAUGUUCUAUGAUGUUCUUUA